CAGGUUUUCUUAUCCUUCAAAAAGUGACAGCACCUCAUUGUAAAAUAAAAUUGAACAGAGCAAGAGCCGGUUAGAGAGAGACCCAAGAUAACCAGCUAGAGGGAAAAAGCAAUAAAACCAUUCAAGAUGUCAGAUCGCAAGGCGGUAAUCAAGAAUGCGGACAUGAGCGAGGAGAUGCAGCAGGAUGCAGUCGACUGUGCCACCCAGGCGCUGGAGAAGUACAACAUUGAGAAGGACAUUGCCGCCUAUAUCAAGAAGGAGUUCGACAAGAAGUACAAUCCCACCUGGCACUGCAUCGUCGGUCGCAAUUUCGGAUCGUAUGUGACCCACGAGACGCGCCACUUCAUAUACUUCUACCUGGGCCAAGUGGCCAUUCUGCUCUUCAAGAGCGGCUAAGUGCCCCGGAACCACUAUAUCAAAUGGCGCCCAUCGUUGUUCACAGGAGGAGCAUGCCGAAAGAAAACCAUUUCAUUGAAUUGUAAUCUCAUCCGACGGUUAGAGAACUUAUCGUUAAUAUUUUUUGCCCAAAUUCGAAAAGCCUUGCCAGUGCUGACUCAUUUAAACAUUAAAUAAAUUUAAUGCUUGCUUAUUUUCAAUGUUA